GAGCACUGUUACUACCAGGGCCAUAUCCGAGGAAACCCGGCCUCAUUUGUUGCAUUGUCAACAUGCCAUGGACUUCAUGGGAUGUUCUACGAUGGGAACCACACCUAUCUCAUUGAGCCAGAAGAAAAUGACACCUUCCAAGAGGAUUUCCAUUUUCAUUCGGUUUACAAAUCCAAACUGUUUGAAUUUCCAUUGGAUGAUCUUCCAUCGGAAUUCCAACAGAUAAACAUCACUCCACCAAAAUUUAUUUUGAAGCCAAGACCAAAAAGGAGUAGACGGCAGCUUCAUCGGCAUCCUCGGAACGUAGAGGAAGAAACCAAAUAUAUUGAACUGAUGAUUGUAAACGAUCAUCUCAUGUUCAAAAAACAUCGGCUUUCAGUUGUACAUACCAAUACGUAUGCAAAAUCUGUGGUAAACAUGGCGGAUUUAAUAUAUAAAGAUCAACUUAAGACAAGGAUAGUAUUGGUUGCCAUGGAAACCUGGGCAGCUGACAACAAGUUUGCCAUAUCUGAAAAUCCACUGAUCACCCUACGUGAGUUUAUGAAAUACAGGAGAGAUUUUAUCAAAGAAAAAAGUGAUGCAGUUCACCUUUUUUCGGGAAGUCAAUUUGAGAGUAGCCGGAGCGGGGCAGCUUAUAUUGGUGGGAUUUGCUCGUUGCUGAAAGGAGGAGGCGUGAAUGAAUUUGGGAAAACUGAUUUAAUGGCAGUUACACUUGCCCAGUCCUUAGCCCAUAAUAUUGGUAUUAUCUCAGACAAAAGAAAGUUAGCAAGUGGUAAGUUUAACUAUUAUCUUCCCAAGAAGUUCACCCAGUGUAAUAUUGAAGAGUUUCAUGACUUCCUAAAUAGUGGAGGUGGUGCCUGCCUUUUCAACAAACCUUCUAAGCUUCUUGAUCCCCCUGAAUGUGGCAAUGGCUUCAUUGAAACUGGAGAAGAGUGUGACUGUGGAACCCCCGCAGAAUGCAUUCUCGAAGGAGCGGAGUGUUGUAAGAAAUGCACCUUGACCCAAGACUCUCAGUGCAGUGAUGGUCUUUGUUGUAAAAAGUGCAAGUUUCAGCCCAUGGGGACUGUGUGCCGAGAAGCAGUAAAUGAUUGUGAUAUUCAUGAAACAUGCUCAGGAAAUUCGAGCCAGUGUGCCCCGAAUAUUCAUAAAAUGGAUGGAUAUUCAUGCGAUGGUGUUCAGGGAAUUUGCUUUGGAGGAAGAUGUAAAACCAGGGAUAGACAAUGCAAAUACAUCUGGGGGCAAAAGGUAAUGUCAUCAGACAGAUACUGCUAUGAGAAACUGAAUAUCGAAGGGACCGAGAAGGGAAACUGUGGGAAAGACAAAGACACUUGGAUACAGUGCAACAAACGGGAUGUGCUUUGUGGUUACCUUUUGUGUGCCAAUAUUGGUAAUAUCCCAAGGCUUGGAGAACUGGAUGGUGAAAUCACAUCUACUUUAGUUGUGCAGCAGGGAAGAACAUUAAACUGCAGUGGUGGGCAUGUUAGGCUGGAAGAAGAUGUAGAUCUUGGCUAUGUGGAAGAUGGCACACCGUGUGGUCCCCAAAUGAUGUGCUUAGAACACAGGUGUCUUCCUGUGGCUUCCUUCAACUUUAGUACUUGCUUAAGCAAUAAAGAAGGCACUGUGUGUUCAGGAAAUGGAGUUUGCAGUAAUGAGUUGAAGUGCGUGUGUGACAGACACUGGAUUGGCGCAGACUGCAGCACUUACUUCCCCCACAACGAUGAUGCAAAGACUGGCAUAACUCUGGCUGGCAAUGGUGUUGCUGGUACCAAUAUCAUAAUAGGCAUAAUUGCUGGCACCAUUUUAGUGCUGGCCCUCAUAUUAGGAAUAACUGCAUGGGGUUAUAAAAACUAUCGAGAACAGAGACAGUUACCCCAGGGAGAUUAUGUAAAAAAGCCUGGAGAUGGUGACUCUUUUUAUAGCGACAUUCCUCCUGGAGUCAGCACAAACUCAGCAUCUAGUUCUAAGAAGAGGUCUGCUUUUCUGUCGCAUUUUCAGAUUUCUACCUGUUCCAUCACACAUUAUUCCAUUAGUCAGAACAUUUCAUUAUUUUGCAGCAGGUCAAAUGGACUCUCUCAUUCUUGGAGUGAAAGGAUCCCAGACACAAAACAUAUUUCAGACAUCUGCGAAAAUGGGCGACCUCGAAGUAACUCUUGGCAAGGUAACCUGGGAGGCAACAGAAAGAAAAUCAGAGGCAAAAGAUUUAGACCUCGGUCUAAUUCAACUGAGAGGGAGCCCCAAGCACCUGAGCCUGGGCACUCCCUCGCCCAGACAGUCCCAUCCCAAGGCAUAAGCCCAGGGGGCUCUGACAGCCCCCAGACAGGGAGUCUGGAUCACAGGUAUUUAAACCCAUGGUUCAAAAGAGACUAUAAUGUAGCUAAGUGGGUAGAAGAUGUGAAUAAAAACACUGAAGGACCAUACUUUAGCUCCCAAGAUGGCCAACGUCAGGAAGACAGGACUUUAUCUCCUGCCAAGUCUCCGUCUUCAUCAACUGGGUCCAUUGCCUCCAGCAGAAAAUACCCCUACCCAAUGCCUCCACUUCCAGACGAGGAGAAGAAAGUGAACCGACAAAGUGCCAGGCUAUGGGAGACAUCCAUUUAAGAUCAACUGUUUACAUGUGAUACAUCGAAACUGUUUACUUCAACUUUUAUAGAAACCCAGCCUCACGGAAUCACUGCAAAUCUAUCUGCUCUUCAGAUGAUACGAAAACCCACUGAGAUGCCACAAAGGAGAGGAAGCCAAGUGUCCCAUCUAGAUUCCAUUUCUUUUCUUUUUUUUUUUUUUUCUGGUCAUUGGCUUAGGAUUUAACCGAACCAUGAAAAGAACUACUGAAAUGUUACACUAUACCAUGGAACAAUAAAGGUACUGGUAUGUUAAUGGAUAAUCUGCAUGACAGAUAUAUGUAGAACUAUCACUACAAUUAACUCACAUGACCCCGAUGUAGCAAGCUUCCUAAGGGACAACAGUGGAUUCAGAACUUCACAUUCUGAAGCACAUCCUCACUGUAGACAGUACUCUACAUGCAUGACGCUUCUGUUUAUUGUUUUCCACACCGAAGGAAACAACAUCCUGUAAUAGAAACUAGCAUGCAGGGCUAAGGCAUUUAGGAUUUUUCUGCAGGACUUUAAAGCUUUGAGAGGCCAAUAUCCGAUAUGCUAACUUUAAACAUGUAUUUUUAUUUUUAUUUUAUUUUAUUUUUUACUUUUCAUAUUUAUAUCAGCAUACAAGGACAAUUGUACAUAUGUAAACAUUUUUAAAAUAAAAAAAGCAGCUGUUAUACACAGUGUAUUUUGCCAAAUGCCUAAAAAACAAUCAGUCCCAGUCAGAUCAUUGUCCUCCAUCAAUUGGUCCUUAAAGGUGAUAAGCAGAUGAUGUAAGUCUAGUACUCAGUGCUGUCAGUUGUGUCUCUCCAUAAUUGGUGUUUGUCCAAAACUUGUGACAUCCCUUGAAACUGUGCAGAGCCCGGAGGCAGUUUUAUUGAGUCAUUAACUGAACCAGAGAACGCAUGCCCAGCACAAUUUGUGGCGUCCACAGCUUUCUGGGGCCGGAGUCCAGGGGUGCCGCUGUUGUCCUGCCUGCGUCCAGGACUCCCUGGGAGGCCCCCGCCGCCUGCUUUCCUUCUGAGGGCCAUGGCGGCGGCUGUCUCAGCAGCUAUUAUCUUCCAGUAGCAGAGCACAUCUGCUAGUCUCACCCUGGAGGUCUGUGAGCCCCACAGCAGUCAAUCCGGCUGAGAUUAAACAAGUGCACCAAAGACACACAAGACCAUGAGCUGCUGAGGCAUUGGUGGCUUUCAACUUGCUAAUACUCUAACCGUUUGUGGCUAAAGUUUUGUUCUUUAACAAAAGUUUGUAGCCACCCUUAUCUGUGAAAUGAAUGACUUGGUUGACUCAAAACAACUUGUACACUGUUUAUUAAGAGUAUUUAUCAUUAGUGGGAUGCUUGGAUCCCAACAGGUCCUUGUGCACUGACUUGGAAGCGAGGUGAUAGAAGGGCCUACCAGCUGGGCUAGGAAAACUCAAUGGGCCACAAAGGGCUAAACCUAAAGCUCCGUGUGUGUGACAAUUGUGACGUUACCCAAACAGCUGGCAGGGGAAAGAAUCUGAUGUCUUGAACUGUAUGUUUUUUAAUCCAUAGAAAAGUAAGAACUCUUUGUUAAAGCCCCUUCUUUAACACCAGAAUAUGAUAGCUGUCAUAAUGCAGCUCUGUCAUUCUAAAAGAAAGGUUCCCUACGGAGGCUAUCCUCAUGAGCUCAGAAAUUGUUGGGUUCAGCCAAAUGUUUUGAUGCAAAGAUUACUUUUAAGUUUUUCCAUUUUCUCUCCUUGUUCUUGAGAGGAAUGGAAUCUGCAAACAAGGUAUCUCCUAAAUUUGAUGUCUCCUAGUCAUGUCCGUGGACAAAAUCCAUUUCAUCUCUAUGUGUAAAAUCACCUUGGAUGCCCACACUGAAGGGCUGACUGAGAAGGCAGUGUUUUUCACUGUGUGUGUUUAUGUCUUCUGUAAUGGACCUCUCUUUGGAAAGUUUUUGAAAAUGUUUGAAAAUCAAUGUAAUCAUCCAAGACGAUAAAAUGUAAACAGCAUUUUUCAUGACUGUUGAUAGGGAUGUAACUGUCAAUACAACAACAACAAAAAACGAUCCAUCAGACUAAGGUUUAGUGUGUUAGGUGACGUCACUGCAUAGCGCAAGCCAAGGACAGGAGGGCAGAUAGAUUUAAAGGUAUAGCUAAUGAAGUGGCUUUGGACCAAGAGCACUUUAAUGUGCCCUGAAUGUUUUCUGGUAAUGAGUGUAUAAAAUGCUAAUGUUAUAAGGUUUAUUUUGACUAUAAAAGAAUUUAUAGAUUUGAAUGUAAGGUACCUCGUGUAUAUAUGCUUCCUAGUUACAGUUACACAAGCCCUAAUGUGAAAGAAUCCGCAGAUGGUUAGCUAGGUAGUCAACAGAUCUCCUCACCCCUCUCUCUCUCUCUUUCCUCGUGUUCUCAAUUAUUUUUUCAUGAAAAUUAUUCUUGCAAGUGAAAAUCAUGAUUAUGUGCCUUUUGGGAGACAUGCUUGUUCUAGAGGGUAUAUACGUAGUGUGUAGUCAUCCUCCUCGGUAAUAACCAACCUUCGUAUGAAAGUGUUUUGUUUUAUUUGCAGAGAGAUUAUGAUUUUAUAGUAGCUUUAAUGUUGUAUUCCGGGUAUCUACUCUAAGAAUGUUUAAACAUUCUUACAGCCAUUUGCAGAAUUCUUUGGCAAGUUUAUAAUCUUUGUGGAUCAUUUCGAGAAGUACCUAUAUGUGUACUCAUGGUUGGUGUUCUAGCUGUAUUAAAUCCAAAUAUUUAUGACUUUUCAUCCAGUGAGGCAGGGAGAAUGGACCCAUGACACUAAACACAAGCACAACAUCCUUAUUAUUUUUUUGAAUAUCUAUUUUGGAGAGGAACUUUGAGGCCACGUAGCCGUUUAUGUCUAAUAACUUAUAUCCCCAGUAUUUUAUAAAUACUUAUAUAAAACUAAUAUUUAUAUCUCCAGUCUGCUAUGGGACUGUUGCGCUAAGCAGAGAAGAGCAGUCAUUGGGCCUUUAGGUCCCAUUGUAUGCCUUUUUCCUCCCUUUCUGAAGUUUUGUGCACAGGUAAGACUUCAGGUUGACAGCCCCGCUGCCUGAUGUGUUCCAUUUAACCCAUAGCCAUUACAGUGUGGUAGUAAACUUUGAUUUAAAGAAACACUUAAAUCUCUCCACCCAGAGCGUCAGCAAGGGAGGUGUGGGGUAACAGGGGGCCCUGAGGGAACUGACUGGUCGGACCAACUGGUCUGUGUGUCCAGCCCCUUUCUGUAGAUAGGAAGUGGUGUCUUCCUCCUGUGCCUCGUAGCUAGAACGUGAUCCCAGGUCACGGGCAAUCUAUGGAAAGGAAUAACUCAAACCAUGCAGCAUAAUGAGGACUUUCAAUUUGCUGUUGUUGCUGUAUUUUUUAAAAGAAACCUAGUGCUGUUCCUUACAAAAGUAAAGUUGACUAAUAAAGUAAAUGUAGGGUUAAAAUAGCAAACAUAUUUUGAUAUAGGUGCUUAUUAAGUGAUAAUACAGUCUCUCUCCUCUUGCUUUUAAAAAAGGCUUUUAAAAUUACGUUUAUCCAUAAAGUCAGUCCGGCAUACAUGUCUGAACAUAAGAUUGAUAGGAUUUCUAAAAGAAGUUGCUGAAAAGAUAAAAUUAGAUAUUCUGUGCAUUUUCAAAGAAGUCAUUUUUUUUCUCAUUUUUUUUGUUGAUUCCCUUGCAGAUUUGCAUAAUUUAAUUCUGUCCAUGGUCCCAGAUCUCUUGGGGCUACUUUACCUCAUUUUAGAUUUUGUUCUUUACUUUGUAUAGUGACCUAAGGGCCAGAGGAAAUAACAGUAUUUCAGUUUACUUCUUUCUGUGUUUCAAAAUCAUGUUUGUUUGUUUAUUUCAUCCAUUCUUUAUUUCUUGCUGUCAUGUAGUUCUAUUUUAACUUAGAUAUUCAGUGCUCUAACCAUUUCCUUGUGUUAUUCAAUGUGAUAAUAAAUCCUUACCUAAAGAGAAAGGUCUUUUAUUUUACUUAAAGGAAAAGGAAUUUAUUGGAAGGCUAUUGAGUAGCUUGUAGAGUAUAUGGGAGAACAAAGUGCAGCGCUGUGAGUGAAUGGAUGAAGGAAUGAAUGAAUGGAGGUCAGACCACUGCUGCCACAGCCUGGUUAGGACACCACUGCCAGCUGCUGCCACGGACGCCCCUAUGGCAGCGUGUUUCAAAUGCAAUCCUAACAGUUGGUAAGGUGGCAGGAAUUUUCCAUGAAACAGCUCUGAGUCCCAUUUGCAGCAUAAUACCUACUUUUUAAUGCUCCUACUCUUUUUUCCUUUCACUUGUCUUCCUCUGCUACCGAAACGCUUUUUUUUUUCUUAAGUGGAGUCAAGAUGAAGUUCUCAUUCUACAAGCUUAAAAUAUAUAAGCAGCAAACAUUUCUCUAUAAUAGAGAUUCAUUUGGGGCUCAAACUUUUUAUUUUCUCCUCUGAGAUACUUUCUGAAUUGAUAAGACUGCUUUGAAUUUGUAUGCAGCUUUCCUCGGGCAUGGGAGAGCUAAGGACUUUGAUAUACAGCUUCCAUUUGCUGGAUUGUGAGGUGGCCAACCCAUUCUUGUGACAAUAGGCGGAGGCAGCAGCCCAGCUGGCUGUGUGGGGGGUGGGUGGAGGGGAGAAGCAGCCACACCUGCGGGGAGCCAGCCCUUGGCUCAUGCUUGGAGCAUAUGCUCUGCGGGCAGGUGCUUUUAAUUCCAAGAGGUGCUUUUCCACAACUGCAGGUGCAGAGCAUACCAAGAGGCAGGGGGACCUUACAAAUUGGGAUAAUAUUUCUGUUCACAUUUUAUUCUUGCUUUGUCAGAGGAUCCAAAUUGAAGCAUCUUCUAGUUCAGUUUAUAAGUAGAAAAGCACAACGUUCAAAAAGAAAAACCUACCUAGUAUUUUUGUCCUUUACAUCCAGAGCCUGACAAAUAUUAAGCAACCUCGCUGUGGGGUUUGAUAGAUGCCUCCACUCCCUUCCUACUUCCCUUUUGCUCCCUUCGGUAGCUGUCAGCCCUUUUCUCCUGACUAGGAACUUUCACUGUCAUGGAGGUAAGUCCCUUCUUUGCUUAACUUGGCACUUGCAAGAAGCAUAGGGUGCAGAAUAGCGGGGAAAGUCACCUUUAGUCUUCUCCCACUGGCACCUGGGCAUGGCUUGUGCAACUUUGGAAGUCACUGAUUGGUCCCCAAGGUAUUUUUCAGGAGAGAGGGGUAGAUAAGCAGCAAGGGACCUUGGGAGGUCAUGGUGCAUUUAGUCCCGGGAUUGGUGCAGAAUGGAGGUCCACGUGCAGAGCUUAGAACUCAAGAUGACCACUGGGAUUGGGGCGGUGGGGAGAGCGGUGCUGAGUGCUUACCGACAGGCCUGUGUGCUCUGCAGUUACUGAGUGUUGCUUGUAUAAAUACUCUGUGGUCCAGUCCAUAAUGUGCCAGUCACUGCUGCCUGGUGUACCUGUUGCAUUGUUCAUAGAACCUGUAGUGUACAUGGAGGUGCUCCAAGGCUGGCAGAAUUUUUCUCAAGUGCAUUAUCGUUUCAUGUUUUUAGGUAUUCUUGAAAUCAGAACCAGGGAUAAUGUGUGUGGGUUUUUUUUUUUUUGGUUUGUUUUUUACAAAAAGGCAUACAAUGAGACUAGUAAUCCCGUUGAGAUAAUGCGCUUACAAAAUCAUCAGUGAAGUUUUCAGAGUUUAUGAAGAAAAGGGCAUUUUCUCAAGUUACAAAAUAUAUACACACAUAUACUAAUCUACAAUUUAGGGCUUAGCCUCUUUAUGAAGUUUCACAUGUAGAUUUGUUUCAGUGGUCAAGCUCUAAAAUAAUGCCAAUAGCCCCCAAAUCUUUAAAGAGAGGUGCUAAAUUCUACCAGAUAAUACAGAAAGUGCUGAUAUCAAUUAGUAUUUAUUCAGUAAUGAGUUCUUGCUAAAUCACAUGUGUAUCACUGCCUGAUUAGAAACCCCUUUUCUUUUCUAAUCCAGCACAAAACCAAACUGAUUCUAACAGCCAGUCUUUUUAAUGGGUAAAAUUGACCCCAGGCCUUUGUUUUCUAUGGAAUUUUUUUUUAAACACUAAUUUCAAAAGUACUUAACAAAAGGUUUAUUCGGGAUAACUAAGCAUAUACUCUUUUUAACUUGCUGGAAGACCUGCCCCUCCUCUAGAAUCCUAAAAAGACUUUUUAGAAACUGGGCGUUCUACCUAAACAUCAUUUGUAUGUUGGCCACUGUAGGUCUGUGCUAGCAUUUUCCACAGUCAUCUUCAAGGGGGUAGUGCCUACAGAUAGCGCAAGUCACUUCGUGGGGAAUGUUAAUAGCUUUCACUCAUGGUAACCAGGUAAUCGUGUAUAUACUUAGAUUGGCUUCGUUUUAACCUGACAUUCUCUCUGCCUCGCCACACUUCAGGUUCUUAAGCAAUUUUUAAAAUUACUGGGUUUUGGCAAACACCAACUGAAUGUGUAUGGCAACUGCUUUCCUGAGCGUGAUCUCUUUCAUGGCUGCUCAAGUUAUCAAGUUGUUCUUAUAUUGUGGGUAAACAAAAUCUUGCUGUUUUUCAAGGUCACUGUAACUUGAGGUUUAAAUUUCUGGCACAAUUUUAUUAGUAUUCACUUCUGAAGCUAAUAAGAUACCACGGUUUUCUAUGUUACUCUCAUUGUAACAUUAAUAAAGUGACUUUCAAUAAAAGAUCUAUGUGA